AUGAAUUUUAAAUAAGAUGCUUUUUAGGCUGUGGAUUCUAUCUUUACGAAUGUUCAAAAAAGCUAAAACGACCGAAUAAUAGAAGCUUUGGUUGGUGUGAGAGAAAAAAUAGAGGCUAACUUGGAAGAGCUAGAUAAAUAAGAGGAAGAUUUAAAAGUUAAAGAGGUCUUCCUUCAAAAGAUAUAAAAGUUAAUGUAAUUUGCUGAAAAACCUGCUAACUUAAAAAAGGUUUGGCAAUAUUUCUCCUCAACUGUUUACAAAUCAUAAGAUCAAUUUAUAGAACUCUUAAGAAACAUUCCGAGUUUAAUUCAUUUUCACUUAUAAUAAAAAGUAUUGACAAUAAGUAUGUUUAUAAAACAAAGUUGUGCUGAAUUGUUCUCACACUCACUUAUCACAUUUUAAAUGGAAUUACAACAUGAUGAGCCAAUAUAAAAGGAGAACAUCGAGAAGGAAGAUUAUGUUGGAUGCAUAACUUAUGUAUCACCAGAAGUCUAAAAUGAAAGACUCUAUAAAAUAGUGAUGAAAUUACAAGGCUUUAUUAAUAAAAUUAAAAAACUAGAUGAAUUGAUCAAUAACAGCAACUUGGAUUCCGAUAUCUUAAAAUUCAGUAUCUAGAAUAACGAGAAUAAAGAGAGGAAAAUUACAUUAUGGAGCUUGGAUGACUAAGUAAGCUAUCAAGUCACAACAAAAUCAACCCUAGAAGAAUAACCCAUUUUUGAGUAAAGAAUUUACUUACAAACUGGUAUGGUAAUUUAAUUGAAAUAAAAUUUCAAUCUGAUCGUCAGAGAUUGUGGAAAUAGUGGCAAUAUAGAGAAAAAAGUAGUUAAUGAACAUUUAACUCCUUAUUUAGUCGGAGGAUAGUAAGUUUAGAUUAAACCUAUCCUUGUAAAUGACAACUAAAGAUGGAUCUGUAUCAACAAUGGCUUUGAAGAUGUGAUUUAUUAUCCAGCUGAUAUUCCAAUUAAAUUAUCCAAAAUUUAAACACUUCCAAGGGGAAUUGAAGUGUUAUUAUAAAAUGAUGGAGUUGGCAAUUACAUAACUGUUGUUGGAGACUGUUAGAGAUUUGCUCCAAGAAUCAAAUCCAAGAGGAGUGAGGGUUAACUCUUAUAAUUUAUUACUUUCCAAUAAAAUUUCAAUUUAGGAAUCAUUUACUAAGAGAAUAUAAAAUUAGCCUUGUAUUCUGAUUUAACUUCGUUUUGGAACGGCAAAGAAAUAUUUGAUUUUUGA